AUCAAAUUAACAGCAGCUAAUAAAAGACAUUCCUGAACACCGGAAAGCAAUUAGGCAAUCGAACCAGCAAUGUCACAGUUGUACGAACUCUCUGAAGUGGCCCAGCAAAACGGCAAGAAUGGCAAACCUUGCUGGCUGAUCAUCAAGGGCAACGUCUACGACGUAACCAAGUUCCUGGGCGAACAUCCUGGCGGCGGCGAAGCACUACUCGAAUAUGGCGGCAAGGAUGCCAGCAAGGCGUUCAAGCAAGCAGGCCACUCCUCCGAUGCCGAAAAGGACCUGAAGAACUACAAAAUUGGAGAAAUUAACUCAGCUGCACCCAUUCAAGUCCAGCCCACGUCCAUUGGUGCAGCGAAACCCACGGAAAACACAGUAUCAGCAGAUCCCGAACCCGCGAAGAAGAGCUCUUCCGGCUUCUGCUGCUGCUAGUCAUUG